CUGUGUGUUAGGGGAACCGCCCGCCUCCGUUCUUCCUUUGGUUGUCAGAGUAUCCUCUCCUUUUUGAGGUUUUCCAUUUUCUCCUCUGCCAAGCGUCCGUGUCAUUGAAGGCUUCUAAUUUGUUAGGGCCAGGGCUGUGGCUCACGGCACAACACUUCCCUAGCACCUGCAAGACCCUGGGGUCCAGAGUCUUCCGCAAGCCACUCCUAUCUGACUGCUUUACUUGACCCACUUCCCCCUCUUCACAGCGAAGAUGACAUGUGUUCGCCCCUACCUUCUUGGAUUUUGCUUGCAGAAGCCAGACGAUGGAGGAGCGCGCCAACCUGAUGCACAUGAUGAAACUCAGCAUCAAGGUCUUGCUCCAGUCGGCCCUGAGCCUGGGCCGCAGCCUGGACGCGGACCACGCCCCCUUGCAGCAGUUCUUUGUGGUGAUGGAGCACUGCCUCAAACACGGGCUGAAAGUUAAGAAGAGUUUUAUUGGCCAAAAUAAAUCUUUCUUUGGUCCUUUGGAGCUGGUGGAGAAACUUUGUCCAGAAGCAUCAGAUAUAGCUACUAGUGUCAGAAAUCUGCCAGAAUUAAAGACGGCCGUGGGGAGAGGCCGAGCGUGGCUCUACCUUGCCCUCAUGCAGAAGAAGCUGGCAGAUUACCUGAAAGUGCUGAUAGACAACAAGCAUCUCCUAAGCGAGUUCUAUGAGCCUGAGGCCCUGCUGAUGGAGGAGGAAGGCGCGGUGAUUGUCGGUCUGCUGGUGGGACUCAAUGUGCUCGAUGCCAACCUCUGUCUAAAGGGAGAAGACCUGGAUUCUCAGGUUGGAGUAAUCGAUUUUUCCCUCUACCUGAAGGACGUGCAGGAUCCUGAUGGUGGCAGAGAGCACGAAAGAAUUACCGAUGUCCUCGAUCAAAAAAAUUACGUGGAAGAACUUAACCGGCACUUAAGCUGUACAGUUGGAGAUCUUCAGACCAAGAUAGAUGGCUUGGAAAAGAUGAAUUCAAAGCUUCAAGAGGAGCUUUCAGCUGCGACAGACCGGAUCUGUGCACUUCAAGAAGAACAGCAGCAGCUGAGAGAACAGAAUGAGCUGAUUCGGGAGAGAAGUGAGAAGCGUGUGGAGAUAACCAAGCAGGACACCAGAGUUGAGCUGGAGACCUACAAGCAGACCCGGCAAGGCCUGGACGAGAUGUACAGCGAUGUCUGGAAGCAGCUGAAGGAGGAGAAGAAGGUGCGGCUGGAGCUGGAAAAAGAACUGGAGUUACAAAUCGGAAUGAAAACUGAAAUGGAGAUCGCCAUGAAACUGCUGGAGAAGGACACCCACGAGAAGCAGGACACCCUGGUGGCCCUGCGCCAGCAGCUGGAGGAGGUCAAGGCCAUUAAUCUGCAGAUGUUCCACAAAGUCCAGAAUGCAGAGAGCAGUUUACAGCAGAAGAACGAAGCCAUCACAUCUUUUGAAGGAAAAACCAAUCAAGUUCUGUCCAGCAUGAAGCAGAUGGAAGAGCGGUUACAGCACUCGGAAAAGGCGAGGCAGGGAGCAGAGGAGCGGAGCCACAGGCUGCAGCAGGAGUUGGGCGGGAGGGUCGGCGCCCUGCAGCUGCAGCUGUCCCAGCUGCUCCAACAAUGUUCAAAUUUAGAGAAAGAGUUGAAAUCAGAAAAAGAGCAGAGACAAGCUCUUCAGCGAGAAUUACAACAUGAGAAAGACAGCUCCUCCCUGCUGCGGACAGAGCUACAACAAGUAGAAGGACUAAAAAAGGAGCUGCUGGAGCUCCAGGAGGAGAAGACAGAGUUACAGAAGGUCUGUGACGACCAGGAACAAGCCCUCCAGGAGAUGGGUCUGCACCUCAGCCAGUCCAAGCUGAAGAUGGAAGACAUAAAGGAAGUAAACAAGGCCCUGAAGGGGCACACAUGGCUGAAAGAUGACGAAGCGACACACUGCAAGCAGUGUGAAAAGGAGUUUUCCAUUUCCCGGAGAAAGCACCACUGCCGAAACUGUGGCCACAUCUUCUGCAACACCUGCUCUGGCAGCGAGCUGGCCCUGCCCUCCUACCCGAAGCCCGUGCGAGUGUGUGACAGCUGCCACACUCUGCUGCUGCAGCGCUGCUCCUCCACCACGUCCUGAAGCUGCCCUGUGCCAAACUGGUCUGCAGGAUCUCCAGGAAAACCAAGGGGAGCCAGAUGCUCGCCCAGCCUGGGGCCUGAGAGACAGUACUCCUUGGGGCUUCUGUGGAGCUGACUCCCAGGCUGCAUGAACAUGUUGCUGUCACUUCUCAGAGGGUCAUCCUAUUCUGCAGCAGGUGUCCCUAGUGCAUAAUCAGGCUUUCUCUUCCCCACCAUCAUAGCUUGGAGUGUUUUAUAACACAACUAGUCUAUCAAUGCCUUGUCUCAGAGGCAAGAUUUGACCUAUGUUCCUGAGGCCUUGCUCCAGGCCCUGAAAUAAAAGUACUUUAUUUUUCACUCA